AUGUCUACGAAGGCAGAGCAGUUUGCCUCUAAGAUACGAUACUUGCAAGAGUAUCACAACCGUGUGCAACACAAUAUUUACCCUGUGCCCUCCGGAACAGACAUUGCAAACACACUGAAAUACUUUUCCCAAACCCUGCUCAGCAUUCUGUCCCGCACAGGCAGGAAGGAGAACCAGGAAGCUUCCAAUUUGGCCGUGCCCAUGACCAUGUGUCUUUUUCCUGUGCCAUUCCCACUCACCCCAUCUCUAAGACCACAAGUCAGUUCCAUCAACCCUACAGUUACUCGCUCCCUCCUUUACAGCGUUCUGCGCGAUGCCCCGUCAGACCGUGGGGGGCAGGGGCAGCAGAGUCGGGACGCUCAGCUCUCAGAGUACCCCUCUCUGGACUAUCAGGGCCUCUAUGUGACCCUCGUGACCCUGCUUGACCUGGUGCCCCUGCUGCAGCACGGUCAGCAUGAUCUGGGACAGUCCAUAUUUUAUACAACAACUUGCCUCCUGCCCUUUCUCAGUGAUGAUAUUCUCAGCACUUUGCCCUAUACUAUGAUCUCCACUUUAGCCACUUUCCCCCCUUUCCUCCACAAAGACAUCAUUGAGUACCUGAGCACCUCUUUCCUCCCCAUGGCUAUCUUGGGCUCCACUCGGAGAGAGGGGGGUGUCCCGGCCUAUGUGAAUCUGUCAGCCUCCUCUAUGCUUAUGAUUGCAAUGCAGUACACCUCAAAUCCAGUUUAUCACUGUCAAUUGCUGGAGUGUCUAAUGAAGCACAAACAGGAAGUGUGGAAGGACCUUCUUUAUGUCAUAUCGUAUGGACCAUCCCAAGUAAAGCCUCCAGCUGUGCAGAUGCUAUUUCAUUACUGGCCCAACCUGAAGCCACCAGGAGCCAUCAGUGAAUACAGAGGCUUACAGUACACGGCCUGGAACCCCAUCCACUGUCAACAUAUCGAGUGCCACAAUGCCAUCAAUAAACCUGCUGUCAAGAUGUGUAUAGAUCCUACUCUUUCUGUUGCCCUGGGAGACAAGCCCCCUCCUCUUUAUAUAUGUGAGGAGUGCAGCCAGAGGAUAGCAGGAGACCAUGCUGAAUGGCUUGUUGAUGUACUCCUGCCCCAAGCAGAGAUAUCUGCCAUUUGUCAAAAGAAGAACUGUAGCUCUCACGUUAGGAGGGCUGUGGUCACCUGCUUCUCGGCUGGCUGCUGUGGGCGCCAUGGCAACCGGCCUGUCCGCUACUGCAAGCGUUGCCAUGUCAACCACCACAGCAGCGAGGUGGGGGCUGCGGCGGAGACCCAUCUGUACCAGACCUCGCCCCCUCCAAUCAACACCCGGGAGUGUGGAGCGGAGGAGCUGGUGUGCACUGUGGAAGCUGUUAUAAGCCUUCUGAAGGAGGCAGAAAUUCAUGCAGAACAGCGUGAGUUUGAGCUGAACAGGCGCCGUCAGAUGGGCCUGUCCGCCUCCCACCACUCUCUGGACAACAUUGAGUUUGAUAACAAGGAGGACGACCAGCACGACCAGCGCCUCCUCAGUCAGUUUGGCAUCUGGUUCCUGGUGAGCCUGUGUACCCCCAAUGAGAACACACCUACGGAGAGUCUGGCUCGGCUGGUCAGCAUGGUCUUCCAGUGGUUUCACUCCACCGCGUACAUGAUGGAUGAUGAGGUUGGAAGCCUGGUGGAGAAGCUAAAGCCUCAAUUUGUCACCAAGUGGCUAAAGACAGUGUGUGAAGUGCGCUUUGACGUCAUGGUCAUGUGUCUGCUGCCCAAACCUGUUGAAUUUGCCAGGGUGGGAGGCUACUGGGACAAGUCAUGUAGCACAGUGACCCAGCUGAAAGAGGGCCUGAACCGCAUCCUGUGUCUGAUACCUUACAAUGUCAUCAGUCAACCGCUGUGGGAGUGCUUUAUGCCUGAGUGGUUGGAGGCCAUCCGCACCGAGGUGCCCGACCACCAGCUCAAAGAGUUCCGGGAAGUGCUCAGCAAGAUGUUUGAUAUUGAGCUGUGCCCCCUGCCUUUCUCCAUGGAGGAAAUGUUUGGCUUCAUCAGCUGCAGAUUUUCUGGCUACCCAGCGUCUGUGCAAGAGCAGGCUCUGCUGUGGCUGCAUGUGUUGUCAGAGCUUGACAUCGUGGUGCCUCUUCAGCUGCUGAUUGGGAUGUUUUCUGAUGGAGUGAACUCUUUGAAAGAGCUCGCCAAUCAGAGGAAGGCCCGUGCCUCAGAUCUGACUGGCAACACUGGGGCUCGCAGGGUGAGUGUCGUGUCAGAUCCAGGACGCCGUGGGCAGCACAACACCCUCAGCCCAUUCCCCAGCCCCUUCAGGAGCCCGUUCCGCAGCCCCCUACGCUGUAGCCCCUUUAAAAACCUGGGUCAUGCCACAGGCCACUGUGCCCUGGAUCUGGACUGUGAUGAUGAUGACAUGAACCUUGGCUGCUUCAUCCUCAUGUUUGACCUCAUCUUGAAGCAGAUGGAGCUCCAGGACGAUGGUGUGAUGCUGGGUCUAGACAGCAGCCUGGGGAAGGAUAUCGUGGGCAUUAUCAACAACGUCUUCCAGGCCCCAUGGGGGGGUUCACACACCUGCCAGAAGGAUGAGAAGGCCCUGGAGUGCAGCCUGUGCCAAUCCAGCAUCCUCUGCUACCAGCUGGGCUGUGAGCUCCUGGAGAGGUUGACCCCCCGGGAAGAGAUACGUCUGGUGGAACCCACGGAUAGUUUGGAGGAAACUUUGCUCUUUCCUCAGCAAGAUUUCUCCUUUGGGGCAGAGAAUGGAAGUGAAGAAGGGGACAACCCAAGUGGCACACACACUGACAACCCCAUUAACCACUCUCCUGAUAAUGCACCCAUGAAGAAUAACUCAGAUAAGAAAUUCUCCUACCAGCAGCUCCCUGUGUCAUUGAAGCUCAUAUACACCAUCCUGCAGGAAAUGUCCAAGUUUGAAGAGCCUGACAUCUUGUUCAACAUGCUGAACUGUCUGAAGAUCCUGUGUCUCCAUGGAGAGUGUUUGUACCUUGCCUGCAAGGAUCACCCCCAGUUUUUGGCUUACGUCCAGGAGAAGAUGCUCAUCCCAAGUUUGUGGUCCAUGCUGAAGUCAGAGUUUUGCCAGUUAGCUUCUCUGGCUGUACCUCAGCUUCUGCACGCCCUCUCGUUAUCCCACGGGGCUGACAUCUUCUGGAACCUCAUCAACUCAAACUUCAACAGCAAAGACUGGAAAAUACGAUUUGAAGCAGUUGAGAAGGUAGCAGUGCUGUGUCGGUUCCUGGACAUUGGCGCGGUUACAAAAAACCACUUGCUAAAGUAUUCCCUGGCCCACGCCUUUUGCUGCUUCCUGGCUUCUGUGGAGGACGUCAAUCCCGCUGUGGCCACCAGAGCCAGACUGCUUCUGGACACCAUCAAGAGGCCGGCCCUGCAGGGCCUGUGUCUGUGCCUUGACUUCCAGUUUGACACUGUUGUGAGGGAUCGGCCAGUCAUCCUCAGCAAACUCCUGCUGCUGCACUUCCUGAAGAAAGACAUUCCUGCUCUUAGCUGGGAGUUUUUUGUCAACCGCUUUGAAACAUUGUCUCUGGAGGCCCAGUUACACCUGGACUGCAACAAGGAGUUCCCUUUCCCAACAACCAUCACAGCUGUACGAACAAAUGUAGCCAACCUCAGUGACGCAGCAUUGUGGAAGAUUCGACGAGCCCGUUUCGCCAGGAAUCGGCAGAAGAGUGUGCGUUCACUCCGUGACAGUGUGAAGGGAGGUCCGGCUGAGUCUAAACGGGCAUUUUCACUCCCUGAGUCGCUGAGCAACCGACUUCGCCAGACCCCGUCUCCUGAGGACGACACCAUCAUCAGAGACCUGCUUCCUGAGGACGCCGGCAUAGAUCACCAGACAGUUCACCAGCUGAUCAUGGUGCUCAUGAAAUUUAUGGCCAAAGACCAGAGCAGCGCCGAGUCCGACAUCGGCAGUGCCAAAGCUUUCAACACUGUGAAGCGUCACCUGUAUGUGCUGUUGGGCUAUGACCAGCAGGAGGGCUGCUUCAUGAUUGCACCUCAGAAGAUGCGCACCUCUACCUGCUUCAACGCUUUCAUCGCUGGCAUUGCACAAGUGAUGGACUACAAUAUAGGUCUGGGGAAGCAGCUACUCCCUCUGGUGGUCCAGGUGUUGAAGUACUGCACAUGUCCCCAGCUGAGACACUAUUUCCAGCAACCGCCUCGAUGCUCUCUCUGGGCCCUGAGGCCACACAUCAGACAGAUGUGGCUCAAAGCCCUGCUAGUUAUCCUGUAUAAGUACCCAUACAGGGACAUGGAGGGUAGUAAAGUGGUCCUCCAUCUAAUCCACAUCACUAUCAACACACUCAAUGCCCAGUAUCACAGCUGUCGUCCCCAUGCUACGGCAGGACCCCUCUAUAGCGACAACUCCAACAUGAGCCGCUACAGCGAGAAGGAAAAAGAAGAGGACAGUGUAUUUGAUGAGUCAGAUGUCCAUGACACUCCGACUGGCGCUGCUAACAAGGAGUCACAGACCUUCUUUGCUCGCCUAAAGAGGAUUGGUGGCAGCAAGUCUGUGAAGUACCAGCCGGUAGAGCUGAAUGCCAAAAAAAGUGAAAUUGAGCUGUCAGAGUACCGAGAAGCCAGCGCCCUUCAGGACAGCAUUCUGCACUGUGUGAGGGAGGAGAGCACCAGGAAGAAGCGGCUGCAGGCCAUGCACAAGCAGAAGUCUCUGGACAUUUCUAACACGGACUCCAUCCUCUUCAAUCUGGACGAGCACAGACGCAAGUCAUGCAUUGAUCGCUGCGAUAUGCAGGUGCCCCCUGUGGUACUGCCCCCAUCCUCAGCCACAUCCCACAGCAGACAUCACGGUAAAGGAUCCUCCGAUGGUUCUUCGGUUCGGGUGGAGGCCAACGAUCCCGUGGACCGGCGAGGCUCUCGAGGGGGCCAGUCCGACGUCUCCAAACCUGUCAUCCCCGAGGUCCGCCUCAGCUGCAUGGAGACCUUUGAUGACAAGUUGGACCAGGGCUCCUUAGUGGGAUCAGCUCAGGGAAAAGAGGACCAAGACCUCAUUGAUCUCUCCUCCGACUGCACAUCAAUUCCAGAGAAACACUCACUGCUCUCCAUGUCCGACAGUGACUCCUUGGUGUUUGAACAGUUGCCUCCACUGAGAAUCGUGGAGAGUGAUGAAGAAUUUGAUCUUAACACCAUCAUAAGCUCCAAGUUCAAUGGGAGUCCAAAGGUUUCGGCUUCCCCUGCCAGCAGUAACACCUUACGACUGUCUCCGGUGGUUCAGGUGAGUGUGGAGGACUGCUCCAGUGACAAAAAGACCCCAGAUGUUUUGGUGGGAGAGGGAGGCUCAGUGCAGCCAUUCAUGGAGAAGAAGCCAAACCGUGUGACUCCCAGCACCUCUCUGGAGCUUCCUGACCGGCCGGAAUAUGUCUGCCAUGAAAGCCCAAUGACUCUGAAGCAAAAGAGAGACCUCCUGAGGAAGACUCCACACGUCCCUGACACCUCUUUAGAUGACACGUCUGUGGCCCCUGAAGAGGUGAAGACUGGGAUGGGACCUGUGGCGAGUCCCUCUGGUAGGACCAUCUUCUUGGACAUCCCAGAGGACAGAGCAGAGCCCCUUUCCUCACCAGAAAAAAGCAAGAGUAACAGCAAUGAUGAAGAAGAGGAUGGUGACGAUGAAGAGGAUGACGACAUGGGUGACGACGCGGACAGCGACCCCAAACCUGAUAAUGCAGAUGACAAUGACGAAGCAGAGUUUAAAAUCCAGAUUGUUCCCCGUCAACGGAAGCAAAGGAAGAUAGCUGUCAGUGCCAUCCAGAGGGAAUACCUGGACAUCUCGUUCAACACGUUUGACAAGCUGGGUGGUGAGCAGACCACAGAAACCGAUCACAAAGUUCUGUCUACAUUGGAAAAGCCACGAGAAUCUGCCUCAGCCCCAACGCUUGAAGCUGCUAUGCCUGAAACAAGCCACCGCUCUUCAGUAUCAACUCAGUACCGUCAGGUGAAGCGUGGCUCUUUGGGAGCUCUGACCAUGAGCCAGCUAAUGAAGAGACAGCUGGAGCAUCAGUCCAGCGCGCCACACAACAUCAGCACCUGGGAAACGGGUCAGUUAUUAUGACUCAAAAACCAAACCAACAUGUUAUUCCUCAUUGACCUCAUUCAGGAUCUAAUAACUGAAUCUGAAAAGCCUGCUGUUCUUUUAUUUCAUUACUGAUAUUCUUCCUCUGCAGGUCCCACAAAAACCAGCCUGCUCUCUGCACCAAGCACAGUAAGCAUGUUUGUCCCUGCGCCCGAAGAGUUCAUUGAUGAGCAGCCUACCACAAUGUCUGACAGGUGUCGGGACUGUGCGGCCGUGCUGGAGGAAUACGACGAGGAGACUCUCAGCCUCGCCGUGGUCGUUCUCUCCAUGUUCAUCCACCUCAGCCCUGAUUUGGCUGCUCCAAUGCUUCUCGACAUCAUGCAGUCUGUGGGCAGGUUGGCAUCCAGUGCCAAUUUUUCUGGACAAGCUGAGAGUAUGUUGAUCCCAGGGAAUGUAGCAGGUGUAGCCAAGCAGUUCCUGCGCUGUAUGUUUCACCAGCUGGCCCCUAAUGGCAUCUUGCCCCAACUCUUCCAGAGUAACAUCAAAGAUGGAAGUUUUCUGCGAACGCUUGCAACUUCGCUGAUAGAUUUCAAUGAGCUGAGUUCAGUUGCUGCCCUCAACAUGCUGCUUGAGGGUUUGAACAACAAGAAGAGUCUGCCAGCAGGGGGCACAAUGCUGCACUGCCUGGACAACAUCGCCACCUUCAUGGAGGCUCUCCCCAUGGACUCUCCUAGCAACCUGUGGACGACCAUCUGCAACCAGUUCCAGACCUUCCUCACAAAACUGCCCUCUGUGCUUCCUCUGAAGUGCCCCAUGGAUUCCAGUUUGAGGAUUAUCAUUUGUCUGCUGAAAAUCCCGACCACAAAUGCAACCCGGAGCCUCCUGGAGCCCUUCUCCAAGUUGCUGAGUUUUGUCAUUCAGUAUGGCAUGUUCAGUCUCUCCUACCUCGUAGAACUAUGUGGACUGUGUUAUAAAGCCUUCAACAAGGAAAGAGAUAAGUUCUACAUGUCCCGCAUUGUGGUGUUAGAGCUUCUGCAGGCUCUCAAGUUCAAAUCUCCCCUGCCUGACACAAACUUGUUACUGCUGGUCCAGUUCGUUUGUGCAGACAUCGGUACACGGCUAGCAGAAUCCACCAUCAUCCAAAAGCACAUGAUCUUGACGCUGCCGGGGUGUACAACUGCAGCAAUGGAGUGCAUGAGGCAGUACAUAAGUGAGCUCCUGGACUUCAUUGCAGAUAUGCACACACUAACUAAACUUAAAAGCCAUAUGAAGGCUUGUUGUCAGCCGCUGCAUGAGGACACUUUUGGGGGGAACCUGAAAGUGGGCUUGGCACAAGUCGCCGCCAUGGAGAUCAGCAAAGGCAAUCACCGUGAUAACAAAGCUGUUGUCCGUUAUCUUCCCUGGCUUUAUCAUCCUCCAUCUACCAUGCAACAAGGGCCAAAAGAAUUCAUCGAGUGUGUGUCCCACAUCCGACAGCUGUCCUGGCUUCUUUUGGGCUCCUUGACACACUGUGCCCUGCACCAGGGCUCCACCUCCUGUAUGCCCAUCCCUCUAGAUGCUGGCUCCCACAUCGCGGAUCAUCUUAUUGUCAUCCUCAUUGGCUUCCCAGAACAGUCCAAGACGUCGGUGCUGCACAUGUGUUCUCUGUUCCACGCCUUCAUGUUCGCCCAGCUGUGGACCAUUUAUUGUGAACAGGCAGCCGCUGCUCCAUCCCUGCAGAACCAGAACCAGACAGAGUUUUCUUCCAGCGCCAUCCUCACUGGCCUCGAGUUCUGGAGUCGGGUUACACCUAGCAUCCUGCAGCUCAUGGCCCACAAUAAAGUGAUGGUAGAGAUGGUGUGUCUUCAUGUCAUUAGUCUGAUGGAAGCCCUGCAGGAGUGCAACUCAACCAUAUUUGUCAAGUUGAUUCCUAUGUGGCUACCCAUGAUUCAGUCAAACCUUAAGCAUCUGUCUGCGGGGCUGCAGCUGCGUCUCCAGGCCAUCCAGAAUAGGGUGAACCACCAGUGUCUGCAGGGCCAGUCAUCGGGAGCCCCUCCGUUUGCUCUGCGCAAAUGGCUGCAGUGCACCCAGUUCAAGAUGGCUCAGGUGGAGAUCCAGUCAUCUGAGGCUGCUUCACAGUUCUACCCCAUGUGAUCUACUUUCUGGUCACAUCAGGGUCAUCUGUGUCCUUUGACCUGCAUG